AUGAUGUUCGGCAGGGCUCUCGCGAGCGACAUGGCAGGAAUCUACCGGGAGGACAUGACACCACUGCUCGAAAAUGAGUGGGUGUUCAUGUUGGAGGACAUGCUGUGGUCCGCGCAUGUGGCUUCCGUGAAGCAGCGGAGGCUGGUGCGUGGCACCACCAUUGUUGAUGCGUCUGGCCUCUCGCUGUCAAUUCUGCGAUACCUUCCCAGUUAUAAGCCCUGGUUGGUCGUCAUGAAUGAGUUCUAUCCGGACUUGGUGAGAGCAGUUCUUGUGAUCAACGCUCCGUCGAUCUUCGUUGAGAUUUGGCGUUUUUUGUCUGUGCUGCUCGCUCCGGUGACGAGGGAGAAAGUUCGAAUCUUUGGCUCCGAUUUCGAGGCCUCGCUCCGUGAGUAUGGCGUCGACCCCGAGACGCUGCCUGCCUACCUGGGUGGACAAUAUCAGGGUUCGCGGCUGUCUGCCUUGCUCGCCAUCCCGCAUGGGACGGGCAGAGGGGUGAACCUCACCUUCGGCGGGCAGUGA